AUGGCAAAGCAGAAGAAAACACCCAGUGCGAAGGCAGACGGUGAACAGCUAGUUGUAGACUAUCUACGAAAGCAGAAUCGUCCCUAUAGUGCUACUGACAUUGUCAACAAUUUACAUGGAGCGAUAACGAAAACCGUAGCUCAGAAAGCGCUAAAUGCUCUCGCAGAAAAAGGUGAAGUGACGCAUAAGCCAUAUGGGAAGCAAUCGGUUUACGUUAUAAACCAGAAUCAAUUCGAAUUACCAUCAUCUGAUGACUUGGCCUCGAUGGAUGUGAAAAUAGAUACAUUGAAAACAGAGAUUAUGGAGUACACGGAGAAAAAUAAACAACUUCAAUCAGUGCUGAAUGGAUUAAAUAAUUCUCUGACAAACGAGCAAAUUAAAGAAAGAUUGAAGACUUUGGAAGAUGAGAAUAAAAGAAAUGAGGAACGAUUGAAUAUUUUGAGGUCAGGCACAAAGCAAGUGUCAAGUGAUGACAAAAAGAGAAUAGAUGCUUCUUAUGAAAUGAAUCGAAAGUUCUGGAAACAGCGAAAGAAACUGUUUGACGAUAUCUUCAAAACACUUAUGGAAUACAUUCCACAGAAACCACAAGAAUUUAUUGAGGAAAUUGGAAUCGAAGAAGAUCCGAUAGAUAUAAAUGAAGACCCGUUGGCUAACAUAUAG